ACACCACCAUCAUAGUGUAUGAUUCAUACAUCAGUUGGCAAUUGAGGAGUACCGAAGAGAGCCGAGAGACCUCCUAACUCAUAGGUGAUCCUUCUAAUGGUUUGAUCUAGUCUAUAGCCACAGUUCAAAAGUGAAAGACCCUCUCAAAAGAAAAAAUAUGUUGAGAAACUGUGUGAACCAAAGAUUAAUCUCCAAGGCUAAUAUAAGAUCAUCAUGCCUUUACUCUCUUUACCUCAAGAGAGGAAUUGCGAGUGGAGGAAGGGAAGAAGGAAGAGAUCCUCUUUCCACGCUAGAGAAGCUUGAGAGACAAGGUAUUGCUAGCCAGACGUCGGAGAAGGCAUACGACGGAGCAGCAGAGGCGGUCAAGGUGUCUAGUGAUUCUGAGGCGGAUAAGGAGAAAGUGAAAGAAGAGUUUGAAAAGAGGGAAGAGGGUAGAGACUACCGCAAGAGGUGUGAUGAUGAUGGUUUGCCUAUCAACACUGCUAAAGGAGUAUGAUGAUGAAAGGGUCAUAUAUGCACUUGUCAGUAUCAUCGUAUGAUGGAGAUGGUAACCUAUGUUUGUAUGUGAUAAUAUAGUCGUGUGCUCUUUUGGGUACAUCUCUCGAGUCAUGGGUAGAAUAAUCAUAGAACCAAUUGUGCGUGUUCUUGUUGUUGUUGUUCUUGUAUUAUCAGCUAGACAGCUACUAUGAAAUACUUCUAUAGUCUAUCAU